AUGUGCAUCAUGAGGCCAGAAGAUUUCUACUUUCCCGACAUGGAGGAAGUUCCACUAUACUCUUCCUUGCAUAUCUCUGGCGCGAGAUUGAACAAGCAUGCGGUGGUCUCCAUAAAGAUAAGAGUAGAUAAACCGGGUCUGGUUUUGAAAGCUGGGCCGGUUGAACCAAAGUUGGUUAAAUUGUUUUCCGUUUUCAUAAAAGAACACAAAAUACAAUUUGAGAACCUCUCUCGUGCGAUUCCCCGCCCAACCAACCACCUUCUUACCACACGAUCUUCCUCUCACGCUCGUCUCUUGCUCACCACCACGUUCUUCACCUUCGCACAUCGCGUUUUUCAAGCUACAAUGGUGACAUUCGAACUUUAUCGAAGGUCCACGAUCAGAUUGUGCCUCUUGGAGAAUUUGGAUGAGAUGGUUGAUAAUGGAACUCUUAGUCCCGAGCUAGCCAUUCAGGUUCUCCUUCAGUUGAUAAGUCUAUGGCAGAAGCUCUAG